UACGUACUUUAUCUUUCUCAGCUGCCAUGAGUGAUGAAGAACAGUCAGAGGAGGAAGAAGAGGACAGAGAGAAUGGAAACCACAUUCCUCCCAUUCCAGAGUCCCGGUUCGAUCAUGACUCGGAGGUGAGCGGUGAGGAAGAGGAAGAAGAGGGAGCCGAGGAGGCGGGAGACGUCACCCCACAGUCUCCCUCUCAUUCAGCCACUCCAGAAGACAACUACGUCCCCGAAUCGCCGCCCAUCUCGCCCGUAGAGCUGAAGAGAGAGCUGCCCAAAUACCUGCCGGCUUUACAGGUGCACACGCUCGCACACAGCUGUCAGCUUUCACGCUCACUCCAGCGCAGGUGUGUGAGCUGGUGUCCCGCU